CUCUAUCUCUUCCCCUAUCCCGCAGAAACCCCGAAAGCCUCCGCCCGCCAUGGCGACCGCCGCCCAGGUCGCCGCCACAUUCCUCUCCUUCCUCUCAUGCCCCCGUCACCACACCGCUCCCUCUCCUUCCGCCUCCUUCCUGGUGACCCCGGUAUUGCCCGCCUCGCUCCGGGCCGCUGCCGCGGGGGGCCCAACCCUCACAUUCGGCUGCCGGGGCCGUCGCGUCGCCGUCGCCGUCGUCGCUCAGCUCCCUACUAUGAUUCCGGAGCUAGCUAGCGGGGAGAAGAAAAUCCGGUGGUCAUCGAGGGCGGUGCGAUCAUUUGCAAUGGCAGAACUGGAGGCACGGAAGAUGAGGUACCCAACCACAGGCACCGAGGGGCUUCUUAUGGGCAUACUCGUUGAAGGAACUAGUGAUGCGGCAAAACUUAUGCGUGCUAAUGGAAUCACAUUGCUCACGGUGCGUGACGCGGCAGCAACAAUACUUGGGAAGUCAGAAAUGUUUUACUUCAGUCCUAUGCAUCCACCAUUGACAGAAUCUGCACAGCGUGCCCUUGAUUGGGCUGUAAACGAGAAACUAAAAUCAGGUGAGGAUGGGGAGGUAACGGCCAACCAUUUGUUCCUGGCGAUAUGGUCAGAUAAAGAGUCGGCUGGUCAUAAGGUUCUGGCUUCCCUUGGUUUUGAUGAUCAGAAAGCCAGUUUGCUGGCCAAAACGGCAGGAGAAGAGAAAGCAAUGAGUCCUAGAUAGCAAACCGAGCAGCCGGUUUAUGAUUGAACUUCCCUGAGGUUAUGUGUUCACAUGGCAACAUCUAGACACUAGUUGGCGGCUGGCGGCUGCAGUACCAUGGACCCACAUUAAGUUAACUUGAAGAGAUUGCUUCUAUAAGUUUUAGGGGUUUUAAGAGAUUGGCUCGGCCGAAUCCAAAUUUGUGCUCCCACCAUUGCCAAACGCAGUACAUGUAAAAACAUCACGAUGUAUUUUCGGACGAACACGGUUUUGUUCCACUCUCAGCUAGUUUGUUGGACUGCCCUUCGGAGACACUUUCAAAGAUUCAGAUUCUGAGUUCAUCCCCA